AAAACCGAGUCAAGGGACUCGCCCACAAUAAAAUCGAAACCCGCACCCAAAAAUUUCCACUCUCUGAAAUCGCAACUCAGUGGAAGCAGAAGAAGGAAGAAGAAGACGACGAGCAGAAAAAAAAAAAGGAGCUUCCAAUUUCUUCACUGAUUGAUAAGUUGUUUAUGCGAUGCACCGAGUGGGUAGUUCAGGGAACACAAACAAUUCCACUCGCCCUCGUAAAGAGAAGAGAUUAACAUAUGUGUUGAGUGAUGCCGAUGACACGAAGCAUUGUGCCGGCAUAAAUUCUUUGUCUGUACUUAAGGGAUCAGUGUCUGGGUGUGAUUACCUGUUUACCGGAAGCCGUGAUGGCACACUAAAAAGAUGGACGCUGGCCGAAGGUGCUGCUACGUGUUCAGCAACCUUUGAGUCUCAUGUGGAUUGGGUUAAUGAUGCUGUUCUUGUAGGUUAUAAUACGCUUGUUUCUUGUUCUUCAGAUACCACCCUUAAGACGUGGAAUUGCAUGUCAGAUGGAGCUUGUACCAAAACUCUUCGUCAGCAUUCUGACUAUGUCACAUGCCUUGCUUCCGCAGAGAAAAAUAGCAAUAUUGUUGCCUCUGGUGGACUUGGGGGGGAGGUAUUUGUAUGGGAUCUUGAAGCAGCUCUUACUCCAGUUGCAAAGUCAGGUGAAUCAAUGGAAGAUGAUAGUUCAAAUGCUGUCAAUGGUUCUGGAAAUGCAAUUACAAGUUUACGUACUAUCAGCUCUAGCAACUGCAUUUCCAUGCACUCAACUCAGCCACAUGGAUAUGUUCCAAUCUCUGCCAAAGGUCAUAAGGAAUCAGUUUAUGCAUUGGCAAUGAAUGAUAGUGGAUCGCUUCUGGUCUCUGGUGGAACAGAGAAGGUUGUUCGUGUUUGGGAUCCAAGAACAGGUUCAAAGAAAAUGAAACUAAGAGGGCAUACAGAUAAUAUCAGGGCUCUGCUGAUUGAUUCUACUGGAAGAUUUUGCUUAUCAGGAUCUUCUGAUUCAAUGAUCAGGCUAUGGGAUCUUGGUCAGCAGCGCUGUGUGCAUUCUUAUGCUGUGCAUACAGAUUCUGUUUGGGCACUUGCUAGUACCCCAACAUUUAGUCAUGUAUAUAGUGGUGGGAGAGAUCUUUCUUUAUACUUGACAGACUUGGCCACAAGAGAGAGUCUCUUGCUUUCCACAGGGGAACAUCCCAUUCUGCAGUUGGCUUUACAAGAUGAUAGUAUAUGGGUUGCAACAACAGAUUCUUCAGUUCAUAGAUGGCCCGCUGAAGGGAGUAAUCCCCAGAAGAUAAUUCAAAGAGGUGGUGCAUUCUUGGCUGGAAAUUUGUCCUUUUCAAGAGCAAGGGUGUCAUUAGAAGGAUCAACCCUAGUCCCUGUUAAUAAAGAACCUAUUUUUACGAUUCCUGGAAUUCCCGGAAUAGUGCAACAUGAAAUAUUAAACAAUAGAAGGCAUGUCUUGACAAAGGACACUGCUGAUUCAGUGAAGUUGUGGGAGAUUACGAGGGGUGUUGUCAUUGAGGAUUAUGGAAAGGUCAAAUUUGAGGAGAAAAAAGAAGAGCUUUUUGAGAUGGUGAGCAUUCCUGCAUGGUUCACUGUGGAUACCAGACUUGGAAGUUUAUCCGUACAUUUAGAUACCCCACAAUGCUUUUCAGCAGAGAUGUAUUCAGCAGACCUUAACAUUGUGGGGAAACCUGAAGAUGACAAGGUUAAUCUAGCACGAGAAACUCUUAAAGGGCUCUUGGCUCAUUGGUUGGGUAAAAGAAAGCAAAGAUCUGGAUCACAAGCAUCAGCUAAUGGGGAUGUGUCAUCCGGAAAGGAUAUUACUACUAGAAGUAUUACCCAUUCAAGAAUUGAGGUGGAUAGUAAUACUGAAAAUGAUUCAAUGGUCUAUCCUCCCUUCGAAUUUUCUACAACUUCCCCUCCUUCUAUUAUUACUGAGGGCUCUCAGGGAGGACCCUGGAGGAAGAAAAUCACUGACUUAGAUGGUACUGAAGAUGAGAAGGACUUUCCCUGGUGGUGUCUCGAUUGCGUGUUGAAUAAUCGCCUACCCCCUAGAGAAAAUACCAAGUGCAGUUUUUAUCUACAUCCAUGUGAAGGUUCAACUGUCCAGAUCCUCACACAAGGGAAACUCAGCGCCCCUCGUAUUUUACGAAUCCAUAAAGUAGUUAAUUAUGUUGUUGAGAAGAUGGUCCUUGACAAACCAUUGGAUAGUGCCAAUCCUGAUGCAACAUUUGCUCCUGGUCUUGCUGGAGGGCACGUGCAGCUUUCAUCGGUAGGAGAUGGAUCUUUCCGAUCUGGAUUGAAGCCAUGGCAAAAGCUUAAGCCUUCUAUAGAGAUAUUGUGCAACAAUCAGGUCUUGUCCCCAGACAUGAGCUUAGCCACGGUGCGGGCUUAUAUAUGGAAGAAAUCUGAGGAUCUGGUUCUCAAUUACAGGGUGAUUCAGGGCAGGUGAUUUUGUGCUAGAUUCCAGAGUACUUGCAGGUGAUAUUGUGUUUAAGAUAAUGAGAAACAUUGAUUAUUCUGGGGUCGCUCGUGGCACUUGUAAAGUUUGAAAACCAAUUGAUUGCUGAAUCCAGUGGCAUUCCCCAAAUCUUCCCGAGAAGGCUCUGGUUAGCCUAGUCCUUGUUGGGCAAGGGAGCAUCAUGAUCUUUGUUGCUGAUGCGGAUGCUGCAGAUUUGUCAAUUGGUUGUCUGCGUGUGACAGUACAUAGAGUUUUCGACUGGAUGAGAAAUCAACAUGAAGUUUCUUCGAACUUCUGAAGAGCCGGAUUAGGCACAUGGUGAUGAGAGAUUUGUAGAUUUAUAUUGUCGGGUACGAUACCUAGCCAUAGAACAUUCUAUUGUGAAAGGAAUUUUUAUAAUUUGUUUCACAGAAUAAGACAGUAUCAUUCUGCUUCAUUUCCAGAUUUCUUUUCCGUUAACCUCGUGCUGCUCCUUCGUGUAGUUUUCUAUUUUCAGAAAGAUUUUACAGAAAUGAAAUCCCAAUUUUGCA